GUGACCGACUGCAGAGGCCGCGCCAUCUCCCCCGCCCGAGGUCUGUGCGCUCCGCCGCAGGGUGCAGACCCCGGGAUCCUGCUCCGGUUCGGGGCGCCAGAGCAGAGGCGGAGACAGGGCGGAGCCAGUGCGCCGCGUCCCCAGUACCCUAGAAACGAAACCGAAAGAGGGGCUGGGGAGGAAGGGCGGAGACCGCCUCAGGCACCGCCCCCAGCCCUGCGCGGCAGCCGGACCGACAGGCGCGCCCAGGUAGGGGGGCGGCUGAGCUGCGGAGCGCGGACCCUCGCUGGAACCCGCGCCGCCGCCACCAUGUCUCAGGAAGGUGUGGAGUUGGAGAAGAGCGUCCGGCGCCUCCGGGAGAAGUUUCAUGGCAAGGUAUCCUCCAAGAAGGCGGGGGCUCUGAUGAGGAAAUUCGGCAGCGACCACACAGGUGUGGGGCGCUCCAUAGUGUACGGGGUGAAGCAGAAAGAUGGGCAGGAACUGAGUAACGACUUGGAUGCCCAGGACCCACCAGAGGACAUGAAGCAGGACCAGGACAUCCAGGCAGUGGCAACCUCCCUCCUACCACUGACAGAAGCCAACCUCCGCAUGUUCCAACGUGCCCAGGAUGACCUCAUCCCUGCUGUGGACCGGCAGUUUGCCUGCUCUUCCUGUGACCAUGUCUGGUGGCGCCGUGUACCCCAGAGAAAAGAGGUAUCCCGGUGCCGCAAAUGCCGGAAACAUUAUGAGCCGGUGCCAGCUGACAAAAUGUGGGGCCUGGCUGAGUUCCACUGCCCAAAGUGUCGGCACAACUUUCGGGGCUGGGCACAGAUGGGGUCCCCAUCCCCCUGCUACGGGUGUGGCUUCCCCGUGUAUCCAACACGGAUCCUACCUCCGCGCUGGGACCGGGACCUGGAUCGCCGCAGUACCCACACUCACUCCUGCUCAGCAGCUGACUGCUACAACAGGCGAGAGCCCCAUGUGCCUGGAACAUCCUGUGCACACCCCAAGAGCCGGAAGCAGAACCACUUGCCCAAAGUCCUCCACCCCAGCAACCCCCAUAUCAGCAGUGGCUCUACCGUAGCCACCUGCCUGAGCCAGUGUGGCCUCCUGGAAGACCUGGACAACCUUAUCCUUGAGGACCUGAAAGAAGAGGAGGAAGAAGAGGAAGAGGGCAGCGGGCACAGGGAGUGACCCCUGCCAGGUGCAGAUACAAAUCAGACAUAGAUACUUUGUCUUGUUAUAAAAUUUGAUCUCAAA